AAAGAAGAAGGUUGACUGAGCAAGUGGCUGGUACUGACACAAACCUAGCUGCACUCUGGGUGAGGCUGUUCUGUCAUGAGGCUGGCUGUGCUUUUCUCAGGAGCUUUGCUGGGCCUACUAGCAGCCCAAGGGACGGGGAAUGACUGUCCUCAUAAGAAAUCGGCCACUCUGCUGCCAUCCUUCACGGUAACACCUACAGCUACAGAAAGCACCUCAAGCCCAGGAACAACGAGCCACCAAACUACCCAGCGCCACAGAACCGCCACCACAGACACCACCAGCCACCAACCCACAACAGCCACUCACAAUCCUGCGACCACCACCAGUCAAGGAAACGCCACAGUUCAUCCAACAACAAGCAACAGUACUGCCACCAGCCCAGGAUCCUCCACCAGUUCCCCCCACCCAGGACCACCUCCACCCUCUCCAAGUCCUAGCCCAGGCUCCAAGGGGGCUAUAGGAGAUUACAUUUGGACUAAUGGUUCCCAGCCCUGCGUCCGGCUCCAAGCCCAGAUUCAGCUUCGAGUUCUGUACCCAACCCUGGGUGGAGGAGAGGCCUGGGGCAUCUCUGUACUGAACCCCAACAAAACCAAGGCCCAGGGAGACUGUGAGGGUGCCCAUCCCCGCUUGCUUCUCUCAUUCCCCUACGGACAGCUCAGCUUUGGAUUCAAGCAGGAGCCACUGCAGAGCACUGUCUACCUGAACUAUAUGGCUGUGGAGUACAACGUGUCCUUCUCGCAGGCAGCGCAGUGGACAUUCUCGGUCCAGAAUUCAUCCCUUCGAGAUCUCCAAACCCCCCUGGGCCAGAGAUUCAGUUGCAGAAACGCGAGCAUCAUUCUUUCACCAGCUUUCCACCUUGACCUGCUCUCCCUGAAGCUACAAGCUGCUCAGCUGCCCCCCACAGGGGCCUUUGGGCCAAGUUUCUCUUGUCCCAGUGACCAAUCCAUCUGGCUGCCUCUCAUCAUCGGCCUGAUCCUCCUCGGCCUCCUCACCCUGGUGCUUGUUACCUUCUGCAUUAUCCGAAGACGCCCACCCACCUACCAGCCCCUCUGAGUAUUCAUCCCAACACCCAGGCACCAGGGGGUGCCCUCAUUUCUCACUACUUCACCGACUCAGAGAGAAAAUUAUCUGCCUUCCCUCUUAAAGAACAAAAGUAGACAUAAUGCAAUCAGGAGAGAUAAGGGGGGGGUGUUUAUUAAAUGUGACAGAUUUCCCCCUCCCCCAUCCCCAGAGGGAGAAUAGUAAAACCUACUCAAAUCUUUGUCCUUGAUUUUCCUUGUCCUUCCUGCCAGGAUUAAAAGCUAUGAGUUUCUUGUCA